AUGUCAUCUGGUGACAAGAAGGACUCCUCCCAUGAUCCCAAGAAAGUCCAGAGCAGAGAGACGUGUAAGGCUCCCUGCCAGAGCAGCACGCUGACAAGAGAUGACAGAGUGAAGGAGCUGAACUCUGACAGAACACAGACACAUCUACCAGCUCAGGGCAAUGAAGCUGCGGCUGACGCAGCACAAUCAGUGCACAGCAAGAGAAGACUGAAGAAGUUACAGAGUCUGGUGCAAACAAAGAAGGGACAUCAGAGCGGAGCUGGGAAAGGGAAGAACACACCUGAGAAUAAUGAUGAUUUGGCAGAUGUGUUGAGUAACAGCAAUCCAGUGCUGACCUGCAUCGGCCUGGGGAAGAGAACAGAGAAGUCGCCUAAGACGGCUUCAUCACCACAGCGGCAGCAGAGCAAAGACCAUGAAGAUCCUCUGUGGAGCCCCUUUCAGGGUCCCCAGCCCUGGACUCCCUUCUACCACACCUGCCACCAACCUCAACACGAGCUGUGGGUCUGCGGGGGCAACCUGUCGCUGCCUCGGACCACAGAAUGGGAUCGUUUCGAGAGUUUGAUUCAGGAACUGGACAAGAAACAAUCGAAUCUGUCUCCCCCACAGAUGAUCCGCUCCAUCACAGAUCUGCACCUCUCACAGAACACAUUGACCAGAUCUGGCAGAUUUGAUGCCUUCAGACAGCACUCGCCUUUAAUGAACCCACAGGAUGACAGAAGCUGUUUGCAAAAGCAGGAGCAGAGUGGGGAUCCAAGCAAAUCAAGGCUGCAGGGGAAGCAAAUGGAGGCCUCAUCACAGAGUGACAGGAAGCACAUCAAGGCCUCACCGGAGAGGGCUCUGACAGUCAUCAUCAAGGGGGACACACAGAGUAACGUAGCAUCAAAGAGGGAGACUGGUGGAGGGCGGCCAUUUACUAAAGGGCUCAGGCGGUCCAAUAACUCUCUGGAAAGUCUCUACAGUGGACAAAGCUCCUCAAGUAAGCAUAGAACCAAGUGUACUCCCCACACCACAACCUGAUGAAUUAUGCAACCCUUGUUUGUACACCCCUCCCCCUACACCCCUGUUACUCCAGUUUGGAUGCACUAAUUUGCACUAACCAUUGACAGACUCCUCCAUCCUAUCUUAUCUUAUCUCUGUGUAUCUUUUUACUGACAUAUGGACAAUCAGAAAGCAGUAGAAUUCUAAUAUUGAGCCCUUUUCU